GAAAUUCCAAUUGUGGCCCUACUCAUAUAAAAAGUUACGCCAAACCGUUAAAACGUUCCUCCAAUUCCCGUCACUUCCGAAAACCAGAAGAAACACACAGAAUUUCGUUCUCAUUCCAUUUUCCGCAAUCUCCACAAACGACUCCAAACCCAAUCAAUCAAAUCUACAUACACAAUGGGGAAGAAGGCAGUGGUGAUUAUUACCGCGGCGGCCGUGUGCACCGCAGCCGCCGCUCUGGUGGUGCGCCACCGCAUCCGGAGCUCAGGCCGGUGGGCCCGGGCAACCGCCAUCAUCAAAGAGCUAGAGGAGAAGUGCGGGACCCCCAUUGGGAAGCUGAGGCAGGUGGCUGACGCCAUGGCUGUGGAGAUGCACGCCGGCCUUGCCUCUGAAGGUGGCAGCAAGCUCAAGAUGAUCAUUAGCUAUGUCGACAAUCUCCCUACUGGGACUGAAAAAGGGUUGUUUUAUGCAUUGGAUCUUGGAGGAACAAACUUCCGUGUGCUGAGGGUGCAAUUGGGGGGGAAGGGUCGUGGAAUUAUUAGUCAAGAAUUUACAGAGGUCUCAAUUCCUGAAAAUCUUAUGGUUGGGACUUCAGAUGCACUGUUUGACUACAUUGCAGCAGAACUUGCAAAAUUUGUUGCUAAAGAAGGUCAAGAUUAUCAACUCCCUCCUGGCAGGCAGAGAGAACUAGGUUUUACCUUCUCAUUCCCUGUGCUGCAAUCAUCAAUUAAUUCUGGGACCCUUAUUAAGUGGACGAAGGGCUUCUCUAUAGAUGAUGCAGUUGGCCAAGAUGUUGUGGCUGAAUUGAGUAAAGCCAUUGAAAAACAAGGCCUUGAUAUGCGUGUGUCUGCUCUGGUUAAUGACACGGUUGGGACAUUAGCUGGAGGUAGGUAUGUCAAUGGGGAUGUUGUUGCUGCUGUGAUUUUAGGUACGGGUACAAAUGCAGCAUAUGUAGAACGUGCACAUGCAAUACCAAAAUGGCAUGGUCUUCUACCUAAAUCUGGAGAUAUGGUUAUCAACAUGGAGUGGGGCAAUUUUAAGUCAGCACACCUUCCAUUAACAGAAUAUGAUCACUCAUUGGAUACCGAAAGCUUAAACCCUGGUGAUCAGAUUUUUGAGAAGCUAAUAUCUGGAAUGUACUUGGGAGAAAUUGUUCGCAGAGUUCUUUGUAAGAUUGCUGAAGAAGCUUCCCUUUUUGGUGACACUGUUCCACCAAAGUUAAAAGUCCCAUUCAUUUUGAGGACACCUGACAUGUCCGCAAUGCAUCAUGACACAUCCUCUGAUCUUAAGGUGGUACGAGACAUAUUGAAGAAUGUAUUGGAGAUAUCAAAUACUUCUCUUAAAGUAAGAAAAAUUGUUGUGGAGCUCUGCAACAUUGUUGCCACACGUGGGGCUCGCCUUGCUGCUGCUGGAAUUGUAGGUGUUCUGAAAAAGGUGGGAAAAGACGCAUUCAAGGAUGGGGAAAAACAGAGGACAGUGGUAGCUUUGGAUGGUGGAUUGUACGAGCAUUACAAUGAAUAUAGUAAGUGCAUGGAGAAUACCCUAAGAGAAUUGCUUGGAGAGGAAGUUUCUGAGAGUAUCGUUAUUGAACACUCUAAUGAUGGUUCUGGCAUUGGAGCUGCCCUUCUUGCUGCCUCUCACUCACAAUACCUUGGAGUCGAUGAAUCCUGAAUUUUCUCAGAACGGUAGAGCUUUUUGCUGAAGAAAGUUUCACAGUUUUGGCAUUUUAAUCUUUCCCCUGUUCCAACUAGAACCUCUCCCAUUUUUUUUCAUCUUUUUUCUGUGCCUCUUCUGCUCUGCCCAUUUUCACCUUAUGAUUGUUUUUUCUUUUUGGGGGUGAAUUUUAGUUUGCGGCUUUGCAGAAUCUGUAAGAGAGGUGGAUUGUUGUAUAAAAGCAGGACCUGUAAGCGGCCAUGCCAUACUGCUUCGGCCUGCAAAUUUCCAUUUCUUUUUUGACCUUAUGGUAAUUCCAAAUUCUUAUGUUCAAAAUAAUAAAAGUAUUGAGAUGCUACUUUUAAUCACAACACCCAUUUUAUUCUUA